CUUAGAUCCAACCAGUCCUUCCGCAGGUCGCAAAAUGAGGCGUAAGAGGAGCGCGAGUUAAGCCGAAGACGACUGCUUCCGAGACCUUUUCCAGAGGAACCGAAAUGGACUUCCGGAGCGAGAAAAGCGACGAUCCAGACCACAACGGCAAGAUCACCGUCCAGCUGCUAAAAAGCCGGACGGGAGAAUUCGAUCUCGAGUCCAUCCUGCUGUUGAAGCUGAGAGGCCUCGGGAUUCUGGAACUGGGCUGCCUCGGUGAGUGCGCCAGCUUGGAGUGGCUCGACCUGUCAGGAAACGGCUUGACCCACCUAGGCCCCCUGGCCUCCCUCAAAGCGUUGGCCGUGCUCAACGUCGCCGCCAACCGCAUCUCGAACCUGGAACCCCUGAGUGGCUGCGAAAGCCUGCAGAGCCUCAAUGCAUCCGGCAAUCAGCUGCGCAACCCGCAACAGCUGCAGUGCCUGGCCGGUUUGCGGCAUCUAGACAAUGUGCGCUUCCACAACGGCCCGGCCCGGCUCAGCAACCCUUUCUGCGCCACCGCCAGCUACCCGGCCAUCCUGGUGGAAAUGUUCCCGCGGGUUAAAGUGAUUGACGGCGAACGGGUAUCCGGACGGGGUAGUGAGCUCUACCAGCUGUGCAAGGAUCUAGACCACUCGCUGCAGCGUUGCAACAACGCCGGGGGUCUUGGUGAGACAGCCGGCCAGGCGCAGCCCUGGGUGGAAGAGGGCUAUUGGGAGGUCCAACCAGCCCGGAGGAGCUCCAUCGUGGAGGAAGCCUACAACCAGUUCAGCGAGGCUUUGCUGGAGUGCCGGGAGUUGAGUAAGCAGGCUGACCACAGCAUCAGCCAGGCUGAGCGGGCGCUCGGUGGAGGGCGUCCUGAUGCCAACUCGUACCUCUUUUGAGGCUGC